AAACAGCGCCCUCAUUCUUGUCUUAUUACACUUUUCAAGAUGGCGCUGCCCAUAGACCAGAAAGAAUAUCUCAAGCGGUAUUUGUCCGCUGAGCCGGAAGAUUCGAAGAAGAAAAAGCGACGAAAGAAAGUAAAAACUGCCAUUAAAGUGACCCGCACGUUUACCAUUGUUGAUGAUGAUGUGGACAUCAGAGCAUUAGCCCCAUCCUCUGAAAAACAAGAUGACAUUGACAACCCUCUCAUGGACGAUGAAACUCCUUUCGUUGCUGAAAUCAUUGAUGAGCGACCCAAGGAUGAGGUCAUUCUGGAGCAGUAUCGGACAAGCAACAAAUGGAGGACAAUGGGAGACGAUGACCAAUCCCGAGGCAGUAGACGUGCUGACAAGCAUUCUAUCUCCCGCGACGGAAAGUCUAGUCCUGCUACUGGGCAACGGAGAAGGCCUCGUCAUGAUUCCUCUGACUCGGACUUGUCCCCAGAGAGGAACUCAGGCUCCAGAAGAGGUGAUACCAGGGGUGAUAGACCCUCUGCCAGACCAGUAAGGCAUGAUUCAGACUCUGACCUGUCACCACCGAGGAAAGGACAGGACAGAAGGGGUGACACAAAGGGUGGAAGACCCUCUGAAAGACCAGUAAGGCAUGAUUCUGAUUCCGAUCUGUCACCACCGAGGAAAGGACAUGACAGAAGGGGUGACACAAGGGGUGAUAGACCGUCUUCCAGACCAGCAAGGCAUGAUUCUGACUCUGAUCUGUCACCACCCAGGAAAGGACCGGACAGAAGGGGUGAUAGACGCUCUGCCAGACCAGCAAGGCAUGAUUCUGACUCUGAUCUGUCACCACCCAGGAAAGGACAUGACAGAAGGGGUGACACAAGGGGUGAUAGACCAUCUUCCAGACCAGCAAGGCAUGAUUCUGACUCUGAUCUGUCCCCACCCAGGAAAGGACAGGACAGAAGGGGUGAUAGACCUUCUGCCAGAUCAUCAAGACAUGAUUCGGAUUCCGAUCUGUCACCUCCAAGAAAAGGACAGGACAGAAGGGGUGAUAGACGCUCUGCCAGACCAGCAAGGCAUGAUUCUGACUCUGAUCUGUCACCACCCAGGAAAGGACAGGACAGAAGGGGUGAUAGAUCUUCUGCCAGACCAUCAAGACUUGAUUCGGAUUCCGAUCCGUCACCUCCUCGGCAGAAACACAGACAAAACCCAGACUUUGACUUAUCUCCUGCUCAGCAGGCUGCCCCCAGGAAGGGUAGGGAGAGACCAGAGGCUGACUCUCCAAGAAAAAGGGAAGACUCCCAAGCAAGAACUUCAAAGGCCGUGAGUGGGAACAGCAAGCGUGCGGAGAAGACAUUGUCAGGAACAACAGCUGGUCUCUCAGAUGCCAAGUCCAUGCGGCGAGAAAACCAAGAAUCCAGACGCCGUGAUGCUGAUAUGUAUUCCAAGAUGGCUGACGAUGUGUCAGGGAAGAAUGCAAAAACUGUGUUUCGAGACAAGUCUGGCAGACUGAGGGACCUGGAUUCAGAGAAACGGCAGAAGCGCGAAGAGGACGCCAAGAAAGCACAAGAUGACCAGAAAUUUGUUGAGUGGGGAAAAGGAGUCACGCAAAGCGCACAGCAGAAGGAGUUGGUGAAAAAUACUCUGCAGGAGAUGGACAAGCCCCUUGCUCGUUACCGUGACGACCAAGACCUGGAUGACAUGCUAAAGGGAGCAGAGCGAGAGGGAGACCCCAUGAUGGCUUUCCUGAAGAAGAAACAGACCAAGACACAAGCAGCCAUGGGGGUUAAAGCCAAACCUAAGUACAAAGGCCCCCCACCUCCGCCGAAUCGCUUCAACAUCAUGCCAGGUUACCGCUGGGAUGGUGUGGACAGAUCCAACGGUUUUGAGAAGAAAGCCUUCGUGCGCCAGGCGGACAAGAAGGCAACAAAGGAAAUUGCCUACAAAUGGAGUAUUGAGGACAUGUAGUCAUGCAGUGAAUUCUGUGGCUGAAGAAGUCAUUUUUACAAGCAGCAGCUGGCAGUAACUUCAGUCCGAGGGUGUCGCUAGAAGUGGGAUCUGGGGGUGGGGGGGGGGGGUGUUUACACCCCAAUCAUUAUUCUUUUGUGUCGGCAUAAUCAAUCUCCUUAAGGCAAAAUCACUCUCCUAGAGGCAAAAUCGUAUGUCUGUAGGCAAAUAUGCCGUAAUGAAUAGUGUCACCUGGAAUGCGUUCGAUUACUUCCCCCAGCUUACUCGCGCCUGGCUCCCCGCGUGAUGACAGACCUGUGCAGUGGAGCUAAAUAAUAAACGAUGUCGGGUAAAGUUUCGUGCAAGAGCUGGAAAGUUGAACUUUGACAUGACACAGGCUGCAUCCGAAUCAACUGUCUAGAGCUAGGUCUAGGUCCACGUCCAUUGAAAAUGCGCGGGGACGUGCUGACAAUAGACGUAGCCGUAGCUCUGGAAGCCCGUUUUGGAAAAAAUGUUGCAACCUGACGCCACUUCAGCGGUUUGUGUACAAAGUCG